AUGUCAGACUCGCCACCGUUGUCAUCCACCGUUAUGGCAGAGAACUCAGGAAUAAAGGUCGACGAGUUCGAAACACCAGAAACCCGCAUUGAACGCCUCGGCCGAGAGCGUCCUGAAAAGUUUAAGUCUUCAUGGGCAGAAGCAGGCUUCGUGUUCUCUGUAGUGAUGUCACAGGUAUUGACUGAAUAUUUCGUGUCUGGUUUUAACGUGGUGUUACCAACCGUUAUCGCAGACCUAGGUAUUCCACGAUCAUCUAGCACCUGGCCAGCAGCCGCAUUUUCUCUUGUCGUGUCUUCAUUUCUUCUGAUUUUCGGUCGUUUAGCCGAUAUGUAUGGCGGCUACCCUAUCUACCUUGGGGGCGUCAUCUGGCUUACUUUAUGGUCAAUUGUGGCCGGCUUUGCCCACAAUGAGCUGAUGUUGGACUUCUGCCGUGCCCUCCAAGGACUCGCCCCUGCAGCGUAUCUGCCAGCAAGCCUUAUGCUGCUUGGCAGUAUCUACCGGCCUGGACUACGCAAAAACAUCGUCUUUAGCCUCUAUGGCGCUUGCGCUCCGCUUGGCUUCUUUAUCGGCAUCUUGUUUGCCGGCGUUGCCGCUGAGUACGCUACUUGGGGCUGGUACUUCUGGAUUGGAGCAAUUCUGACGGCCAUCACUACAGUAAUCGCCUACUUUACAAUUCCUUCUGACAUUAAGGAGCGUAGAGGUCUCGGCAUUAAAAUGGAUUGGCUAGGCGCUAUCUUAUCGUCGUGCGGACUAAUCCUGGUUGUAUAUGCUAUCACCGACAGCUCUCACGCGCUAAAUGGCUGGGCCACACCCUAUAUCUAUGUGCUCCUUAUUGUCGGCGUGCUGCUUCUAGGUGCUACAGUCUAUGUUGAAGGCUGGGUCGCGGAGAUGCCACUACUCCCGCCUGAUCUGUUUGCCGUCAAGUAUAUGAAACCAUUAAUUCUUGCGCUUUUGUUCACUUACGGUAGCCUUGGUAUCUUCCUGCUAUACACUACGUUUUACAUGACUGAAGUUAUGGGCGGAAGCCCUAUACAACUCGUAGCGUGGUAUUUACCAAUGGCUCUUGGCGGCUGCAUCGUCGCUACUUGCGGCGGAUUUGUCCUCCACUUAAUCCCAGGCAGCGUGAUGGUCAUCGCGGCUGGCGUGGCUUGGAUAAUAGCCCCGUUACUCUUCGCGCUCGUGCCUGAGGGCGCUAACUAUUGGGCCUGGGUGUUCCCCUCAAUGAUAUGCGCGACUGUUGGCAUUGAUAUCACGUUUAACGUCACAAAUAUCUUCAUAACAACAAGCCUUCCAUUGAGACAGCAAGGCCUUGGGGGCGCCCUGAUAAAUUCUGUCCUACAGCUAGGGAUCGCGUUCUUCCUAGGGUUCUCAGAAGUGAUAGCAACCAACACCAGAGAUCAGGGACCUAUGCGCAGCUAUAAGACCGUUUUCUGGUUCGAGCUAGCAUGCGCUGGUGCGGCUCUGGUGCUUCUUGUUGGCUUCGUCAAGAUCAGCAAAGCGUCAAGCGCAAUGACUGCUGACGAGAUCGAAGCUAUGGUAAAACCUACCGACUUCCCGUUAACAAGAAUGAUUUCGCGGAGGUUGUCUAUAACGCGGACGCUGUCUCAACGUUAG